ACAGGAGCUAUUGAAAUGGAAUGGUUGGGGUUACAAAGACUCCAAGUUUUUUGUCAACAAGGAUGGUGGGUGCACGAUGCCUGGCUUGAGAGACUGGAUGUAUAAGAAUGUAGGGAUCCGCCUGGAGCACAAGGCACCUUCCCAGCCAGAGAUAUCAGCAGCCAAUAUCCCACUGCCUAUUAAGAAUGAAGCUUUCAUUGCUGAUCUCCGGAGAACAUCAAUAUCACAUUCAGAUGAUUGCCAAGACCGACUGUUCAGAGCUCAUGGUCACACACUGCAUGAGAUCUUUUUGUUACGUGAAGGCAAAUUUGAUCGUAUACCAGAUUUGGUCGUAUGGCCAAUGAGUCAUGAUGAUGUGGUGAAAGUUGUUGAGCUGGCCUGCAAGCAUAAUGUGGUGAUUAUACCAUUUGGUGGAGGUACUAGUGUGUCAUUGGCCGUUGAGUGUCCGCUUGAGGAGAAGAGAAUGAUUAUCUCCCUGGACACCUCACAGAUGAACAGAAUUUUGUGGAUAGACGAGAAAAACCUGACGAUGAGAGCAGAAUGUGGUAUUAUAGGACAAGAUCUGGAGAGAAAGCUUGCAGAGAAGGGUUUUUGUACCGGCCAUGAGCCCGACUCUAUGGAGUUCAGUACUCUGGGUGGUUGGGUAGCCACAAGAGCUUCUGGCAUGAAGAAAAAUCUGUACGGCAAUAUUGAGGAUCUGCUGGUGCAUGUGAGAAUGGUGACGCCUCGGGGUGUGAUGGAGAAGAACUGUCAGGUGCCACGCAUGUCAUCAGGUCCAGACAUCCAUCACUUUAUCCUUGGCUCAGAAGGGACCUUGGGCGUCAUUACUGAAGUCACAUUGAAAAUCCGGCCAUUGCCACCUUGUAAAAAAUACGGCUCCAUCGUAUUCCCAGACUUUGAGCAUGGAGUAAACUGUAUGAGAGAGGUGGCAAAACAGAGAUGCGCCCCAGCAUCCAUUCGUCUCAUGGACAAUGAACAGUUCCAGUUUGGCCAUGCUCUGAAGGUGGAAUCAAAAUCACUAGUGACCAGCUUUAUGGAUGGCUUGAAGAAGUUCUACAUAACCAAGCUGAAGGGGUUUGAUCCCAGCAAAUUGGCUGUAGCUACACUAUUGUUUGAGGGAACAAAAGAGGAAGUUGCAGCUCAAGAGAAACGAGUUUACGAGAUUGCUUCCAAAUUCAGGGGUAUUCCUGGUGGUGCUGAUAAUGGAGAACGUGGCUACAUGCUGACUUUUGUCAUUGCUUAUCUUAGGGAUAUUGCAUUUGAUUACUGUGUUGUUGCUGAAUCGUUUGAGACAUCCGUACCAUGGGACAGGUGUCUAGAUCUGUGCCAGAAUGUGAAAGAAAGACUGUAUCGAGAGUGCAAGGAUAACGGCAUACAGUACCCACCGUACAUCACCUGCAGAGUAACUCAGACCUAUGAUUCUGGAGCUUGUGUAUAUUUCUACUUCGCUUUUAAUUACCGGGGCAUCAGCAACCCAGUACACAUAUAUGAGCACAUUGAGAACUGUGGACGAGAGGAAAUUCUGGCAAAUGGUGGAAGCAUUUCUCAUCACCAUGGAGUGGGAAAGAUCCGCAAACGUUGGCUGAGAAAAACUGUUGGAGACAUCGGGGUAGGGUCCAUGCAGGCAGUGAAACAAUACAUCGAUCCUCACAACAUCUUCGGCAAUAACAACCUCAUGAUUGGUCAUUCUUUAACAGGCACUGUGAAACCAGAAAUUCAGAACGUCCAUCUACCAUCAAAACUAUGA